AAGUUUCUGAUUGGCGGAGUCGCGGAAGCACCGGCUGAAAAGAGCUCCACAGACGGCGCGCCCCAGUCCCGGCGUAGCCAGAGUCGUACGACAAAAUGGCGGCCCCCAGUUAUUUAGGACGCCCAGAGGCGACAAAUCCGCCCCCUGCAGGUCAGGGUGAAAGGAGCCGCAGACUAUGUGGGCGGCACUGGAGGCUCUAGGUGGGGCGGUCCUACCUUCCUUCCUGCCUCACGGGGACACUGGAUUCCGUGCGACAACAUGGCCGCGCCCAGGGCGUGUGGGCGGAAACUCCGCGGCUUCCGCAGGAAUUACGAAAUCCCCAACACUUCCUCCCUCCGGGGGAUUUGAUCCCCUAUGGCCACCGCUAACAGCAUCAUCGUGCUGGAUGAUGAUGAUGAAGAUGAAGCAGCUGCUCAGCCAGGGCCCUCCCACCCACCCCCUAAUCCGGCCUCACCCAGGGCAGAAGCCCCUGGCUCCUCUCAGCCCCAUGGGGCUGGAGGAAGCAGUAGUUCGGGCGGCAAGAAAUGCUACAAGUUGGAGAAUGAGAAGCUGUUUGAAGAGUUCCUUGAACUGUGUAAGACGCAGACGGCGGACCACCCUGAGGUGGUCCCGUUCCUCUAUAACCGGCAGCAGCGAGCCCACCCUCUGUUUUUGGCCUCGGCGGAGUUCUGCAACAUCCUCUCUCGGGUCCUCUCUCGGGCCCAGAACCGGCCAGCUAAGCUCUAUGUCUACAUUAAUGAGCUCUGCACGGUUCUCAAGGCCCACUCAGCCAAGAAGAAGCUGAACCUGGCCCCUGCUGCCACCACCUCUAGUGAACCCUCUGGGAAUAACCCUCCCACAGACCCCUCCUCGGACCCAAAUGCUGAGACCACUGCCUCUGAGGCCCCAAGGACCCGUGGUUCACGGCGGCAGAUCCAGCGCUUGGAGCAGCUGCUGGCACUGUAUGUGGCAGAGAUCCGGCGACUGCAAGAAAAGGAGUUGGAUCUCUCAGAAUUGGAUGACCCAGACUCCACUUACCUGCAGGAAGCAAGGUUGAAGCGUAAGCUGAUCCGUCUCUUUGGGCGGCUGUGUGAGCUGAAAGACUGCUCUUCACUGACAGGCCGAGUCAUAGAGCAGCGCAUCCCCUACCGUGGUACCCGCUACCCAGAGGUCAACAGGCGCAUUGAGCGGCUCAUCAACAAGCCAGGGCCUGAUACCUUCCCUGACUAUGGCGAUGUACUGCGGGCCGUAGAGAAGGCAGCUGCUCGGCACAGCCUUGGCCUCCCCCGACAGCAGCUCCAGCUCAUGGCUCAGGAUGCCUUCCGAGAUGUGGGCAUCAGGUUACAGGAGCGUCGCCACCUGGAUCUCAUCUACAACUUUGGCUGUCACCUCACAGAUGACUAUAGGCCAGGCAUUGAUCCCGCACUGUCAGAUCCUGUCCUGGCCCGGCGCCUGCGGGAGAACCGGAGCUUGGCUAUGAGCCGGCUGGAUGAGGUCAUCUCCAAGUACGCAAUGAUGCAAGACAAGAGUGAGGAGAGCGAGAGACAGAAGAGAAGAGCCCGGCUCCCCCAGGCCACCUCUUCCCAUUCUGAAGAUACCCCCAAAUCCUCGUUGGAUUCUGGUGAGGGCCCUAGUGGGAUGGCAUCCCAGGAGUGUCCUACCACUUCCAAGGUUGAGAUCGAUGAUGAAGAAGAUGAGGAAAGUGAAGAGGAGGAGGAAGAAGAGGAAGAGGAAGAGGAGGAAGAUGAGGAGGAAGAAGAUGAGGCCACAGAUUCCGAAGAAGAGGAGGAUCUGGAACAGAUGAAGGAAGGUCAGGGGGACGAUGAAGAGGAGGAGGAGGAGGAGGAGGAAGCAGGGAAGGAUGGAGAUAAGAGCCCCAUGUCCCCACUAGCGAUCUCCACUGAAAAGAACCUGGAACCUCAUAAAGGGAACAGUGGGUCCUCAGAGGAGCAGCAAAACAAAAGACUCACAGAGUCACCAUCUUUACUGGCAGAAGAGCCCCCGGCCCCCUCUAAUGUAGUUGCUGAAAGCAGGGAAGAGCACCUUGAGGAGCUGCCCCUGAAGGAAGAGAGCCCUAUGUCUCAGCUCUUCGAGCUAGAGAUUGAAGCCUUGCCCCUGGAUACAACCCCUUCCCCUGAGGAGAGGGACAUUUCCUCUUCCAAGAAAUCAGAGGACCUCCUCACCACUGUGUUGGAGAAUGGGGCCGCCAUGGUCACCUCCACUUCCUUCAACGGAGGCAUCUCUCCUCACACCUGGGGGGAUUCCAGUCCCCCCCGCAAGAAAUCUCGGAAGGAGAAGCAAACAGAAGCUGGGCCAUUAGGAAAGAGCCAUGUGGAAAUGCAAAGGGCAGUGCAGAAGAAGAACGGGCAGAAGACACAUACCUUGCCCAGCCCGCCUUCCCCCUUGGCUUCUAUGGCUCCAGUUGCUGAUUCUUCCACAAGGGUGGACUCUCCUAGCCAUGGCUUGGUGACCAGCUCCCUCUGUAGCCCAUUUCCAACCCGGGUGUCCCACACUCCCCAGUCACAACCCUCCAGGCCUGGUACUUAUAAGAUGAGUGUGGCCACACAGUGUGAUCCCGAGGAGAUCAUCGUGCUCUCAGACUCUGAUUAACCACCUCCCCCUCCCCCCUGCCCCCAAAAUGUUUGGGAUGGUAUUUGGAGGAUGGUAGGAAGCACAUGACUGAGGAAGGGAUGGACUGAGCUAAUCGCCUUUUGGUGGUUUCUUUUUAAAAACAACAACAACAACAAAGCUUAAGUUUUACACAGAAACAUUAAUAAACAAUAAAGUUCUUUUCUUAUUGUA